AUGGCUCAAGCAACAAGUCCGUCCAUGCCCUUAAACGAUGGGCAGCAGAGUGGCCAUCGCAGUCCAUCGAAUUUGAAAUCUGACACCGCCGUUCCUAUAGAUCCCUCAAUCGCGGCAUCAAGCCCCUCAUACCCUCCUCCGUACUCCCCGUAUACUCCCCAGGGCCACGAUAUGGCUCAGUAUCAGGGACACCCCCCUCCACAGAUGUAUGGCCGACCAGAUUGGCCGCCACAUCAGUAUGGACAGCAUCCGCAUGGGAUGCCAGGGACUUAUAGCUCCCCAGGAACAACGGUGGGUUCUGCGUCUCCAGCUGCGACCGCAGGGCCUCGUCCAGGACAGGUAUAUUCCUUCGUCCCAAUCCCCGGUGCCCAGCAGCACAAGCGCCCCCGCCGUCGAUACGAAGAGAUCGAACGAAUGUACAAAUGUGGUUGGAAUGGAUGUGAGAAGGCAUACGGUACAUUGAAUCACCUCAAUGCACAUGUCACAAUGCAAUCACAUGGUGCAAAGAGAACUCCUGAAGAAACCACACGUGGGGAUGCAGUAGCGUGCGACGGCGCAGUGAGCUUAACAAUACCCGACGCCAAGAUGCCGCUACCCACAGAUAUGCCAUCCCUAAACAUCCACGCUAUGCCUCUCCUGUCUGGCUUGUUCGUUACUUUGUCCUAUUGUAUCUUGGCUAACAUCACCGCCCUUGAUUGCGUUUCAAAACACCUAGAAUUCAAAGAAAUCCGAAAGGAAUGGAAGGCCCGUAAGAAGGAAGAAGAGAACCAACGCAAGGCUGCUGAGGAGAGAGAGCGUGCUGCCGCACAGGCUAAUCAAGUUGAUGGAAACACCCAAACUGAUCCUUCCCAAUCGGCACAGCCAGCUUCAUAUCCUGCUGGCGUUCGCCCACAGCUACCUCCCAUUGGAUAUCAACCAGCAGACGGUCAGGUUCCUGGCCAGUACGGUGCGUCUGCUGGGCAGGGACUUGUAUAUCCCCCAAGUAAUGGCCAGAUGACCGCGCAAUACCCACCUGCCAACUAUCCCCAUUCUCCAUAUGGCCAAGGAAACCAGGUAUAUCAACCGCGUGAGUGA